AAUGUGAAAUCGGCCUUCCAAAACCACUCAGGUUCCAUAAGAAACACAACUGUCGCCUUGCUGGUGUUUGGCCUGAAUGCCGUCGUAAAGAGUGAAGAUUUCUUCCAGUGUCCUCCAGACAACUUUGUUUUCUACGCCAGCUGUUUCUUCAUCAUUUCUGCUUUGUUUUUGUUUAUGGCGACGAUUUUUCUUCACAGCGGAUUUUGGGACGUUCCUGGAUGCUGUUAUUACGAAGGUCCGUACAAGCGAGGAGCAAAACGGUACUGCUGUUGUUUGUUUCCAAGAUGGCCUUGCAGCAAAGCU